CUUAAUUGAACCUUUCUCAUUGUUGGAUUAUAAGAUUAACGGUACAAACGAAAUAACAUAUCCUAUAUGAAUUAUUGUAUUAUUACCGUAUACGAUUUAUUUUAUAUUAUAGGAUUUAUACAACGUAUAAAAUUAUGUUUAGAAAAUAGUGUAUACGUACAAGAUUUAUUUUUGUUUGUCGAAUCGAAAUGCCCGUGUAUGAUUAACUUUAUUGAUAAUAUCACCAAACAUGCGACUGCUCCCGCACACACUGCAAUAAAUUAGAUGUUACAUAUUAUAUUUCUCUGUAAAAUUAUUCACUAUUUUAAAUUAAAAGCCGGCAGUAUUAAUUUGACAAUUUCGACGGUCAUAUUACAAUAUUAUGUUCAACAAGCCUUAUAACGUCUCGCCGAAAUUCAACGACAUCGAACGCUGUCAAAUAUCUGCGACAUAAUAAGAACGGUCGACGAACAUAGACUUCGAAAACCAAGUUACGGACGUCGGACAUUGCGAAGUGUUCACAAAAGUGAGAAAUUCAAUCUGUAUAGUCGAAUCAAAGUUACUUUUCUCGAACGUAGUGUACACGCAAUGUGUUGGACUGCAACUGUUCGUUGACUAAAUUGAAUGUUAUUGCUUAUCAUAACUAUUACAAAAAUGAAUUUUGGAUAUUUUGUUUUUUGUGCUCUUAUUGCUCUAUUGGUCCCAUUCUCUACCGUACCGUUUAAUGAAGACUUCGAUGUAGCCAACGAUGGCCAAGGACGUAUUUACGGAUUUGCCAUAUGUAAGGGUAGAGGUGGAGGAGGGCGUGGAGAUGGACAUGGAUUAGGGNUUACAAAAAUGAAUUUGGGAUAUUUUGUUUUUUGUGCUCUUAUUGCUCUAUUGGUCCCAUUCUCUACCGUACCGUUCAAUGAAGACUUCGAUGUAGCCAACGAUGGCCAAGAACGUAUUUACGGAUUUGCCACAUGUAAGGGUGGAGGUCAUGGAGGAGGGCAUGGAGGAGGGCAUGGACGAGGACAUGGAGGAAAGCGUUCGGGGGGACGUUAUGGAGGAAGUUCAAGAAGUAGCUCAAGUGAGAGUAGAGGAAAAAGUUCAGGAAGUAAUUUCUGGAGAAGUCCAGCGCACACGUCGGGGAAAACUCCAAAACAAGAGAAGCACAACAAGAAAAAUCCAUAUGGAAAAAAGAAAACGGAUAAAAAUAACCCAGGUGGCGCCCACAAGCCAGAUAAUGAUAAAUCUACUGGAUCCGCUACUGCGUUGGCAUCUGCGACCCGCUCACACGGUAACCAAACUUCACGUGGUCCGAAAGGUGCUAAAAAACAUGUUUAAGGAUCCUAAGAGGUUAAAAUCAUUUUUAGACAUAAAUGGAUUUUUCAUACAGGUAUUUUUACUUAGUGUUUCCCGUGUAGUAAUAAUAAGUCUUAUAAGAAAUGUCUCGCGCACGGUGUUGCGGUCGACACUACCACUACAAUAGUAACUAUUUGUGUACCAAAUAAUAAUUGUCUUAUUUUGUAUUAUAUUUUAUAAAUUGUUCAUUGUUUUUUUUUUUUUUUUAAUCUCAAUUUACUGUUGUACUUCAAGUUAUAAUAUGUGGACAACUCCAGCUAAAAUAACAUUCUUCUCCGUUGUAUUUAAUUGACUGUCUUACUGGUGCAAUGUACAAACAAAUUUUUAAAACCUAAUUAGCGCAUAAACACGCAUACUAUUUACGAC